AAUUCUCGUUUGGCGGCGCUGGCUCAGCGACUUUCUUUUCUUUUGCAUCCGUCGAAGAGUGAAGACGUGUCUGCGAGUUUUUCUGUGAAAUUGCGUGAAGAAAUUAGUGCAAAAUGACUGAAACUCUUCAACUACGUGGUACUCUGUCCGGCCACAGUGGAUGGGUCACGCAGAUUGCCACAAAUCCCAAAUAUCACGAUAUGAUUUUGUCUUCUUCCCGAGACAAGACGCUGAUUGUGUGGAAGUUGACCCGGGAUGAGAACAACUACGGAAUCCCCCAGAAGCGCCUCUACGGCCAUUCUCACUUCAUCAGCGACGUCGUCCUCUCAUCCGAUGGCAACUACGCUCUGUCUGGGUCAUGGGACAAGACCCUGCGCCUCUGGGAUUUGGCUGCCGGAAAGACAACGCGUCGUUUUGAAGAUCAUACCAAGGAUGUCCUGUCCGUGGCAUUCUCCGUGGACAAUCGUCAGAUUGUCUCUGGGUCCAGGGACAAGACCAUCAAAUUGUGGAAUACCCUGGCUGAGUGCAAGUACACCAUUCAGGAUGAGGGUCAUACCGAUUGGGUGUCUUGUGUGAGAUUCUCACCCAAUCACGCCAAUCCCAUCAUUGUGUCAUCCGGAUGGGAUCGCACCGUCAAGGUGUGGAAUUUGACAAAUUGCAAGCUAAAGACCACUCAUACUGGUCACGCUGGAUACUUGAAUACCGUCACAGUGUCUCCGGAUGGUUCCCUGUGCACUUCUGGUGGCAAGGACCACAAGGCUCUCCUCUGGGAUCUCAAUGAUGACAAACUCCUGCACACUCUGGAUCACAAUGACAUCAUCAAUGCCCUGUGCUUCAGUCCCAAUAGGUACUGGCUCUGUGUGGCCUAUGGACCGUCAAUCAAGAUCUGGGAUUUGGCCUGCAAGAAGACCGUCGAUGAGUUGCGUCCGGAAGUUGUUUCGCAGAAUUCCAAAUCUGACCCACCUCAGUGUCUGUCACUGGCUUGGUCCACAGACGGACAGACCCUCUUUGCUGGGUACUCUGACAACAAAAUCCGCGUCUGGCAGGUGUCUGUGACUGCCCGCUAGGGCGGAGUCCAUUUCUCCCCGAGGGAUGGGUGUGUAUCUUGGAUGAAUAAAGGUACAUGAAAUGGAAAAUUUAUUGUUUUCAACCAACAUUAAGUGUAAUUUAGGAAUAAAUUUUAUAUUUAAUUUUUAAUGAA